UGGUUCAUACCCCAACACAAAUCAAACUGUUUAUGGGGAAUAAUAGGGGGCCCACAUUGAAGGCCGCAGGUUCCUCCAAAACAUCCUUCUUAUAUUUUCCUUCUGUGUAUCUUUCGAUCACUUUAAGUCAAGAAACCUGCGAGUCCACAGAUUGAGUUGUUAAAUCUGUUUAAUAUCAUCUCUUUUCAGUCAAAUUUUCUUCUUCAAGCUUCUACUCUUUCCAUCUUCUCAUUGAUAAUCCAGCAUGCAGAUCUUUGUCAAGACUUUGACAGGGAAGACCAUCACUCUCGAGGUUGAGAGUAGCGAUACCAUCGAUAAUGUCAAGACCAAGAUUCAGGACAAGGAGGGCAUCCCUCCUGAUCAGCAGAGAUUGAUUUUUGCGGGUAAACAACUGGAAGAUGGCCGAACUCUUGCCGAUUACAACAUCCAAAAGGAGUCAACUCUUCACUUGGUCCUCAGGCUUAGGGGAGGCACUAUGAUCAAGGUGAAGACUCUCACUGGCAAAGAAAUUGAAAUCGAUAUUGAGCCAAAUGAUACUAUUGAACGGAUCAAGGAAAGGGUUGAGGAAAAAGAAGGAAUUCCUCCAGUGCAGCAAAGGCUUAUUUACGCUGGGAAGCAGCUGGCUGAUGACAAGACGGCUCGUGACUACAAUAUUGAGGGUGGCUCAGUGCUCCAUCUUGUGCUUGCUCUGAGGGGUGGUAGCAGUUCUUAGACAUUGCUUAAUCUGGUACCGGUGCUUGCUGAACCUGUGAAAUGAGUUUGUAUGGUGUGGCAUAAUUUAACAUCACUGUAAACAGAAAUUCUGAUUGCUUUCUCUAGAGACAUAAAAUUGUUGCUCUUUCACUUGAUAUUCUCAUCUUGUUAGCUUUAGCAGUGUUUAUUUAAUUUAAUGUGCCUUUUGGAGUUUA